AUGCAAAUUUGCUUCUUUCAUGUGAGUCGUAUAAGUGAAUUACUGAAAAAGCAUGGACAAGCGCCGAUUCCUGAAAAAACUCUGAUAGAUGUUGAUCCUCCAGUAAUUAUAGUUGGCGAUAUCCAUGGGCAAUUCAACGACCUUAUCAAUAUGUUUCUUUUACUUGGAAGACCACCAGAGAAACGCUAUUUGUUCCUAGGCAUUUUUGGGCCAUUGUCCAUAUGUACAUCAGCGAUCAACAGUACUAAGCUUUGCCAGGUCGUAACUUAUCGCCUGCGAAACUGUUCAAGCAGGCCGUCACAGAAGCCUCAACCACGCAAACGAACGAGAUCACCUUUACAGUCUCAAAUCGCUUCAAGUGAUUGGUGCCCAAAUCAAUUAGCACACGAGCAUUUUUCGGUUGCUUUCAGUCUUCAAGUGACUGAAGCCCAAAUCAGUUACUUCAUUCACUUGGAGACUGAAAGUAACGGAAAAAAACUGAAUGUGAUAUUGGGUAUAGCGGAAGCAAUGGUAACGUCUUACCGGCUUUCUCAAUCAGACGCAGUCCAA